GCGCAUAGCACCCUCUUCGCGCUGCAAGCGGAGAAUAUGGCUGACAAUCUGCGGGCCGAACUGUCGAUCGUUGCGGGGCCGAAAGAGUCGAUGGACGAUGGGAUUCGGCAGGGCAGGGGAAUCGAGCAGGCUGACCCCAGCCCGGAAGCGGGUGAUCGCCGCCGGGGCUGCGCUAUGGCGCUGGCCGUUUCGCGCCCGAGCAUGUGCGCGGUGGUUCGGAAGGACGGGGCGUUGGUUCUAGGUGCCAGGAGGAGGGGUUGGGCUGAAGUCUGAAGGCCCAAAGAAACGCUUCUCAUUCUGUUCCUGACUUUUUGGCUUUCAUUUGCAUAAUUUGUUCUGGAUUGGUGGUUCGCAAGAGAUGUUCCAUCCGAACAGGUCAAUUCCUUUGGAUGGGUCACGGACAGAUUGAGUCGAGCAACCUUUUGAAUUCCGAACAAGUUAUUUUGGUAUGAGGUCACG